CCCUACGGACGCUAGGACGGACGGGCGGACGGCAGAUAGACAGAGGAUCAGCUCGCUGCAGCUAAGCGCAAGCGGACCAUCCCAUUCCGCACGAAGAUACAACAACGACAAAGGACAAGCAGAACGACGUCACGCAGCACCCACACACGCACAUACGCAACAUCAACUCUCACACAUUGCACACGCCUACACGUGCAAAAUUCAGAUUAGUCACAAUGGUGCACGCCGACGCCUCGAAUUUCGCCAGCGGCGUCACGAAGCAGGAGGCUUAUGAGCAGGUCCUGCUGCAGGCCGAGGGCCUGUUUGACGGGCAGAGAAACUGGGUCUGCAACCUGUCCAACACUGCGUCGCUCUUAUGGCACGCGUACCAUUCACUGAGCGGCCCCAGCAAUGAGGUCAACUGGGCAGGCUUCUACACCCUCGACCCAAAACACAACACGAGCAACAAGGCCAAUGGGCACACAAAUGGGCGGACAGUCACCAAGCAGCAGCAACAGCUCGUUCUGGGCCCGUUCCAGGGCAAGGUAGCGUGCCAGACAAUCCUGUUUGGGCGGGGCGUGUGCGGGACAGCGGCGGCGACGCAGGAGACGCAGCUGGUGCACGACGUGGACCUGUUCCCGGGCCACAUUGCGUGCGACGGCGACAGCCGCAGCGAGAUUGUGGUCCCCGUGCUGGUGGAGGACCUCGAGGUGCAGGGCGGCGAGGACGGUGGAGCCGAGAUCAAGAAGAAGAAGGUUGUGGCCAUUAUCGACAUCGACUGUGCGGUCGUCGGUGGGUUCGAUGAGGUGGACCGCAAGUACCUCGAGGAGCUGGCCGAGCUGCUGGGGCGCAGCUGCGACUGGUAGGCAUCGUGUGGAUGGGGUCCUCGAGUGUGCUCAGGCUGGAGUUGCUGGUUGGAAUCAGAACAGGUAUAGAGUUCAGUUACGAGAGGGGCAGUCAAGAAGAUAGAAUGCGGGAAUGCGAGCUUGGAUUCGUGUCGGACCCUGCAUGGAGCUGGUGCUUGUGCUUGCCGGACGUGUAAGUCGCACAGGACUUGAGAAACUAUACGCCCGGGGCCCAUCAGGCCAGGCCAUUUGCUGAGGGCCAAGAGAUCAGUCCCGGCCUGAUCCAGGCCAUCAGUCGCAAUCCCCUGUGCCUGAGGCAUGAUGAUUAAAAAGGUGGCAUCGAGAAUGAUAAGCUGUUUUCUCUUCCGCCGACU